CAAAAAUUUUUACAAAUUUAGGUUUAGAUUAUGAAGAACGUGUGUUAGCAUCAAUUACUAAUGAAAUUUUAAAAUCUAUUGUAACUCAAUUUGAUGCUAUUCAAUUGAUUAUACAACGUACACUUAUUUCCCAAUGUGUUAGUGAAUUAGUCACCGAAUAUGCUGCUCAAUUUGGUUUAUUACUUGGUGUUAUUUCAAUUACUGAAAAAAGUCGUCAAGCAAAUGUUAUUGCAGCAGAAGGUGUUGCUUGUACAGCUGAUUUGAUUGGCAAAGCUUUAGAGGAAGCUGGUGAUGAUAAAUUUUCGAAUGUCUUUCAUGAUCUUGUCUUACUUUUGUUUUAA